CUGUUAGUCAGCGUGCACGUGAGAUACCGAUCCGGGGUAAUUUUUGAUGAUCGCAAGAUGUGCAAAGAGGAAAGAGAGAUAUUGGGGACAUCUUGUGAUGGUCUACUACAUUCAAUUCCUGAAGACCCCGAGGGUUUCACCGAAGAAAGGCUCACUCUUUAUCUCCGCACUUAUUUGCAUCACCACAGACCUGGGAGACGAUUUCCUCGCUGAAGAUGUCGAAUUAAUCGUUUCCUCAAUUCACAAAUCCCCAGGAUUUGAACAGAAAGUGACAUGGAGUGCCGGGAAUCGUGAACUGGCCAUUAAUUUGGGCCCCCUCCCGUCAGCUUUGGUCCAGCAGUCCAUGCAGCUAAGCAUCAAACUUCAGCCCGAAGUCACUGGGGAUAGACCACUAGUGCCAUUGGUUAUGGCUGCCACAAGUGCACCAUUUGGGCUCAAGUUACCUGCAGAGAAAUUGGUUCUCAGGGACGGACCUCGCGAGGGCUUGAGUAUUUGGGAGGAAACUGGGAAUAGCAUUGCCCGACAUAUAUGGGAUGCGGGCCUUGCAUCAGUGAUAUACUUGCAGAGGGCACUGGACGAUAUAAAAACAACAGCUGGCAAACCAAAAUACAAGAAUCUCGAGUCAAAAAUGCCUGCUUUAACUCGGCUCUUAUCCACCACCUGCAGCUCACCAAUUCAAGUGGUUGAGUUAGGGGCAGGGUGUGGGAUAGUAGGCAUUGCCUUGGCGAGCUUGCUACCGAACUGCUCAGUUUUACUCACGGACCUCCCCGAGGUCGAGUCGAUAAUAACACGGAACAUUGAAGAGGCUCAGACGGCACCCCAAUCGAGUGUUGGAUAUCAAAACCUCGACUGGGACAAUCCCCCGGGUGACCUAUGCAACCGGCCCAUUGAGUUAAUCCUGGUUUCGGAUUGCACCUACAACGCAGAUAGCUUGCCAGCACUAGUCAACGUGCUGGACCGAUUGGUUCGGACAUCCCCGGACGCAAUUAUCUUGGUGGCUCUGAAGAGACGACAUGAUAGCGAAACAGUUUUCUUUGAUCUGAUGAGGUCUGCAGGGUUUACAGCUGUGCAGGACAGUAUACAGCUCCCCUCUCAGCAUGAUCAGGUAGAUGAGAUUGAAUUUUAUUGCUACAGCCGCACGGCAGAGGGCAAAGAAUAAAAAUACAGGUCAUAUAUGAGGGUGAAGUAUAUGACCAUCGGAACAAAGCUGAGAGGCCGGUUUUUUUCAUGGUCCGUGCGCACGUCAAGAACUGCCAG